AUGUUUCGACAUAGCGUGCGAACGAUAGCGACGACGGCAGCCCGCAGAGCCGCGGCUGUCGCACCGGCUGCCGCACCGGCUGCCGCCAACCCUCCGAGCCAGCACUUGCUCGCCAUUUCGAAGGCUCAGGGUAUCGCGAAGGGAUUCACUGGCGCAAUCGGCAACACGCCCCUCAUCCGCAUGAACAAGCUCUCGGAACAGACGGGCUGCGAAGUCCUCGGCAAAGCGGAAUUCAUGAACCCGGGCGGGUCGGUGAAGGACCGAGCGGCGCUGUACGUGGUGCUCGACGCGGAGGAGCGCGGGCUGCUGCGGCCCGGGGGCACGGUGGUCGAGGGCACGGCGGGCAACACGGGGAUCGGGCUGGCGCACGUGUGCCGGUCGCGCGGGUACAAGCUGGUCAUCUACAUGCCGAACACGCAGUCGCAGGGCAAGAUCGAUUUGCUGCGGCUCCUCGGCGCGGAGGUCUACCCCGUCCCCGCCGUCCCCUUCGACGACCCCCAGAACUACAACCACCAGGCCCGCAGGCACGCCGAGAAGCUCGACAACGCCGUCUGGACCAACCAGUUCGACAACACGGCCAACCGCCGCGCGCACAUCGAGACUACCGGCCCCGAGAUCUGGGCCCAGACCGCCGGCAAGGUGGACGCGUUCACGUGCGCGACCGGCACGGCAGGCACCCUCGCGGGCACCACGCGCUUCCUCAAGGACGCGUCGGGCGGCCGGGUGAAGGCGUACCUGGCGGACCCGCCGGGCAGCGUGCUGCACUCGUACCUGCAGUCGGGGGGCCGGCUGGCGGAGCGGGCGGGCAGCAGCAUCACGGAGGGCAUCGGGCAGGGGCGGAUCACGGACAACCUGGCGCCGGACGUGGGGCUGCUGGACGGCAGCCUGCACAUCGCGGACGAGAAGAGCAUCGAGAUGGUGUACCGCGCGCUGGACGAGGAGGGCCUGUACCUGGGCGCCAGCAGCGCGCUCAACGUCGUCGCCGCCAAGGAGGUCGCCGAGCUGAUGGGCCCCGGCCACACCGUCGUCACCAUGCUGUGCGACGGCGCCUACCGCUACGCCGACCGCUUGUUCUCCCGCAAGUGGCUCGAGAGCAAGGGCUUGCUCGCCGCGAUACCCAAGCAUUUGGAGAAGUACAUCGUGCUGCCUUAG